AUGUUUUAAACUGAUCAACAUUUAAAUUCUUUGGUAAGAAAUAAACAAUUUCCAUUAAGAGAGCCUUUAAGAAGAAAUUAUCAGACUUGUAAUAGUAAUCCUUUUGGAAAAAAAACUUUAGAUUUAAAUUUUACUUAAAGUCUACAAAAAUAAAUAAAAAUACCACUUAAUCUGAAUAAGUUAUAUUAAAAGAAAUCCAAAAAUAUUAUUGUGCAUGAAAGUUCAUCUGCAAAUACAUCAAUGUGCUUUCAAAAACCUAUUUUCGUUAUGAAAACAAUAAAUAAAAGAGCAUAAUCAAUUGAUGAAUAAAAGUUAUCCAAACCUAUGAUAACUAAUAACAAUUUAUAAGUUAGUUCCAUUUUUUGUGAUUCUUCAGAUAAUUCUGAUUUCAACGAAUUAAGAAGAAAUUAUUUGUAAAAAUAUUGCAAACCAAAAUUCAAUUAAAUAGACAGAUAACCUCGUUUUCGAAUUCAUUCAGUUAAUUAAGACUCAAUAAUUCCCUGGAUUGUAGAUAUUUGA